AUCUCCCUCUCCUCUCCUGAGUCUCUCUCCUCACUGAACCUGAGUUCUCUCUACUGACAACAUGGGUUGCUGUGGCUGUGGAGGCUGUGGCUGUGGUGGCUGUGGUGGUUGUGGAGGCUGUGGCUCCUGUGGCUGUGGUGGCUGUGGAGGCUGUGGCUCCUGUGGCUGUGGUGGCUGUGGCUCCUGUGGCUGUGGUGGCUGCGGAGGUUGUGGCUCCUGUGGCUGUGGUGGUUGUGGCUGUGGAGGCUGUGGGGGCUGCUGUGGUGGCUGCUGUGGCUGCUGUGGCUGCUGCAAGCCUGUGAUGGUCUGCUGCUGCCGCCGCUCCUGCUGCCGCUCCUGUGGCUGUGGCUCCUGCGGCUGUGGCUGUGGGAAGGGAUGUGGAUGUUGCCAGCAGAAGUGCUGCUGCCAGCAGAAGUGUGGCUGCAAGAAGCAGUGCUGCUGCUAG